AUGCCUCCUCCUCACACGGAAUUUGAUUUGUCUUCUAAGAUUUUUGAGCUUUUAAAUGAGUGGAGAAUUGAAAAGAAGAUUAUGACUCUUACACUAGAUAAUGCAUCUGCUAAUGAUACAUGCCAAGAUCAUUUGAAAAGUACAUUAAAUAUGCAUGAUUGGUUGUUGUGUGAUGGGAAGUUCUUUCAUAUUCGUUAUUUGGCUCAUAUCUUGAAUCUUAUUGUGCAAGAUGGAUUAAAAAUUGCUCAUGAUGCAUUGGAUAAGAUUAGGAAAAGUGUGAAAUAUAUAAGGGGAUCGGAAAGUAGAAUGAUAAGGUUUAAAGAAUGUGUUUCUGCGAUUCAUGGUUUGAAUUUUACAAGUGGGUUGCAUCUAGAUGUUACUACUCAAUGGAAUUCUACAUACAUUAUGCUCGAAAGUGCUAUCAAGUAUCGGAAGGCCUUUGAGUAUUUGAAGGCAACCAAUCAUGCUUAUAAGUAUUGUCCUUCAGUUGAUGAAUGGGGGAGAGCUGAAAGGAUAUGUGAAUUUUUAUUCCCCUUUUAUGAAACUACUAAUUUGAUUUCUGGCACAUCUUACCCUACUUUGAAUUUAUAUUUUCUAAAAGUCUAUCAUAUUCAAUGUGUUUUGAUGGGAAGUUUGAGAAGUGAAGAUAAGCUUCUAAAGAGCAUGGGAGAAAAAACGAUGAACAAAUUUAAGAAGUAUUGGAAAAAGUAUAGUGUCAUUCUUGCAUUUGGUGCUAUUCUUGAUUUUAGGUUUAAGAUUUCUACUUUAGAGCUUAUGUAUGAAGAAAUUGAUGCUGAGACUGCAAAAGGGAAGGUGGAAUAUGUGAAAAAGAAAUUAUACAAGUUUUUUAAAAAAUAUGACAAGAAUUCCCUUCCAAUUGUUGAAGCACACGGACAUAGUAUUCAAUCUUCAUCCAUGGCCCAUACCCCUGAAAGUGCAAGCAAGAAACGACUUGCGAUUAUUGGCAAAUUGAUGAAACGUAACCAUCAAGCUGAGGUCUCUAGUGGAAAGAAUCCACUUGAUACAUACUUGGAGGAGCCACUUUUGUCAAAGAAUUGCUUUGAAGAUUUAGAUGUUUUGGAAUUGUGA